GGGGUUUGGUUUGGUGAAGCCGUCCGGCAGAGGUGGUGGUCAAAUGCGACUGUCUCCGACUCUCUUACCUUCAGUUUCUACUGGACCGACGUCCACUUUGCCACGAAGAAUAGAAGCUCCUGCAAGGACCUAAGAGUCCGCUCAAGUAUUCGUCAUGGCUACCAAUGAGCCGCCCAGCAUUCUCUUAGAAAGUGAAGCGAAUGCAGGAGUCAGGGUUGUGGGCCCGUCUCCUGGCGUCAAAAGACGAUCACUUCGCAAUCGGAGGUCAGAGGCAAUGCAAGAUUUGCCACCGAGCAUGCGAGUUCGCUUUAUCUUGGGCGAGGAUGCCGAUAAACCGGGUCAGAAUGAACCACGUCCCGUCUUCUCCGAAAUGGAGGAAUUUAAAAGCGAAGACGGUACCGGUGGCGAAUGGAAGGAAGUUGCCCGCUGGAUCAAGUUUGAAGAAGAUGUGGAAGACGGUGGCAAUCGGUGGACCAAGCCGUUUGUCGGGACUCUGUCGCUUCACGCUCUAUUCGAAUUGCGUAGUGCGCUGUUAAACGGAACCCUACUGCUGGAUGCCGAAGCCACGACUGUCGACGAAGUGAUCAACGUCAUUGUCGAUAAAGUGUGCUCAACUCACCAACUAACGGCCGAACAAAAGAAUCAAAUGACGGAAGUCAUGUGUUGCCCCCAUCGACAUCUUUACGAAGUCGUCAAGUCCGCACCACUUUUGAUGAGCGAGAAAAGCCGCAACAGCUCCGCAAAAAAUUUGACCGAAUCCCGUUCGAAAAUGGGUCUGGCUUUACCCAGCGUCCCAUCUAUGGCGGCCGUCACCGGCGCAAAAGGCAAUUCACCGUUCAUGAAGAAGAUUCCGCCCGGAGCCGAAGUGAAUAACGUUCUAGUGGGCGAGGUUGAUUUUCUGGACAAGCCAGUUUCGGCUUUUGUUCGACUUUCCAAGGCCACGAUUCUCGGUGAUUUCGCCGAGGUUCGGCUGCCGUCGCGUUUCGUUUUUCUACUUCUCGGGCCCAAGGGUCAAUUGGAAGACUAUCGCGAAGUUGGCCGUGUGGUAGCCACGUUGAUGUCCGAUGAAGUCUUCAAUGCCGUGGCCUACCGCGCCAAGAAUCGCGACCAUCUCUUAGCCGGAAUCGAUGAGUUUAUGGAUGCCGUCACCAUUCUGCCGCCCGGUGAAUGGGAUCCGUCCAUUCGUAUCGAGCCGCCGACCAAAAUUCCCUCGCAGGAACCGCGAAAGAAUCCCGACAAGCCACCUGAAGAAAAAGAAGAUCCUGCUUUAGAAGAAUUGAAAGUUUUAGAAAGUCAGGGACUCGUCCGCACCGGUCGUUUCUUUGGCGGUUUGAUCGACGACGUUAAGCGCAAACUUCCUUUCUAUAAAUCGGAUUUCACUGACGCUUUCGCCGUCCAAAGCAUCGCGUCAAUCACGUUCUUGUACUUUGCUUCCUUGUCGCCGAUUAUCACCUUUGGCGGACUGUUGGGCGAUGCCACCGAAAACCGCCUGGCGGCGCUUGAAUCUCUUUGCGCUGGAUGCAUUUGUGGAAUAAUUUAUUCCUUGUUUGCUGGACAACCUCUCGCCCUGUUGAACGCCACCGGCCCUGUACUAGUUUUCGAAGGCAUUCUCUACAGUUUCUGCAGUAAAAACGGCUACGACUACCUUUCACUCCGGUUAUGGGUGGGUGUUUGGAUGGGUGUCUUUAUGAUCACCCUUUGCGCCUUCGAAAUCUCCGCCUGGGUGGCCUUCAUCACACGUUUCACCGAGGAGAACUUUGCUCUCCUUAUCGCUACCAUCUACGUGUACAAGGCGGUAGAGAAAAUCAUUUACAUAGGACUAGACAAUCCGCUAAAUCCACCAGAACCCAAACUGAAUGCCACCGACUGCUAUUGCUUUCCGCAUAAUGAUACCAUUGAUAGCCUGAUGGGAUCCGUCCAAGGCGGUAGUGGACCUUUCAAUUGGACGGGAUUGGCAACCAACAGUUGCGCAGAGAUGUGGAAUGGCACACUGAAGGGAGAGGACUGUUUCCCGAAGGAGUGGUAUCCCAAUGUUUUCCUGAUGUCCGUACUCUUGUCCGUUUUUACGUACAGCGUCUGCGUGACUCUUAAAGGACUCAAACACACUCUCUACUUCCCUUACAAAGUUCGCAGCACGAUUAGUGAUUUCGCCGUCUUUAUCGCCAUUUGUUCAAUGACUGGCUUGGAUUACUACGCCGGUGUUCACACUCCCAAGCUUCAUGUUCCCAGUGAUUUCAAGCCAACUUGGUCAGGACGUGGCUGGACUGUCAACCCUAUCCAUCCGGACAAUCCUUGGUGGAUCAUUCCGGGUGCCAUGUUGCCAGCCGCCCUAGCAACCAUUCUACUUUUCCUUGACCAGCAAAUUACUGCAGUCAUCGUCAACCGCAAAGAGAACAAACUGAAAAAAGGAUGCGGCUACCAUUUGGAUUUGUUUGUUUUGGCCAUUCUGACGGCUCUGAUGGGUAUCUUGGGACUGCCGUGGCAUGUGGCCGGCACUGUCAUCUGCAUCAACCACGUCAAUUCACUGAAACAAGAAUCAGAGACGGCCGCACCUGGUGAAAAGCCCGUCUUCCUCGGUGUUCGAGAGCAGCGCGUCACUCACUUGAUCAUCUUCUUGCUGGUUGGUUUGUCCGUCUUCAUGACACCAAUCCUCAAGUUCAUUCCCAUGCCCGUCCUCUACGGUGUCUUCUUGUACAUGGGCACGGCACCGUUGGCAGAGAUGCACUUUUUCGAUCGUCUACGAAUCGUGUUCAUGCCCGCCAAAUACCAACCGGAUUUCAACUACUUGAGGAAAGUGCCGCUCAAGCGCGUUCACAUGUACACUGCCAUCCAGUUGGUUUGCUUUGCCAUUCUCUGGGUCGUCAAAACCAACGAAACGAUUUCCAUUUCUUUCCCUUUGAUGUUGGUGAUCAUGAUCUUUAUCCGAAAAUCCUUGGACUAUGUUUUCACCAGAGAAGAGCUUCACGUUUUGGACUCUGUUAUCCCGCCGUUCCGCAGGAAGAAGCAAGAACCCCUUGUCGAAUCUGGAUCCAAAUCGCACAUCAAUGGCAAAGGACAGAGUUACUCGGCUAUUCCCAAAAACAGCUCGAAAGUCAACAUCAGUGACGAAGUGGCUAGAUCGGGCGCUUGGCUCCACGUCAAUCAGAGCAAAGCUUCAUUCCAAGAUUGUAGCGGUACUGAGAUGACUAGCUACCGAAGGAAGGAUUAUGGUGGUGAAAAAGUGAGCGAUGACGAAAGUGAACCCCUGACGUUCUUGUCAGGUACCAAAAGAAUUCAAAUACAGCCGGGCAGUAAAAACAACCAAUGAGCCCAUUUUGUUAUCCACUUCGGUUAAAUAAGAAGACGUAAAGAAGAUAUCAGAAGCCCUCUGCUCGUGAACUAUUGGAUUCUUCAUCCAAAUUAGGCAAUACAUAAUUUAAUAAGGAGACCGAAUCAUUCAAAUUCUACAGAGGCUUAUUACCAUCAAGGAUGGGAUAUAGUACAAACUCACGAGCUCUUACUGUAUCGAAUGUCGAAUCUUAUUAUAAUAUGCUUCCUCCAAUUUUACAAACAAAACACAUACCAAGCGCUAGCGUUUAUGAUAUAGUCAUAUAGCCAAUAUGGAAGGCUUUUAUUACUGUUACAUCAGUUGAUUUUGCCGAUGAAAUUUCGUGCAUUCGUAGUGGCUUGAUCAUGUUUGUGGUAUUUCAUACUUUAGUUCAGGUGCUGUUGUCGCUAUUUUCAGAAAAUUAUUCAUUCAUUCCAAUGGAUUUGUAAUAUACACGAUCUUACUAUCUC